CACUAUCCCAAAGGCGAGUUUUUUGAUUGCAGUAGGAAAUAGUAGACCCACGUGGCCGCAAGAUAAUAUCAUGAAAUUAGAGACUGGUUGAACGUUCAAAUGUGAAGUAGGUGACAGAGAAACUUUUUUUUACAAAUCUUUACGUACAGGAGGUCAUAGAUUAAAGGUCGUGGUUGGCAUGUCCGUACAAAUGAGCGUUUCAUACUGAAGUGCGGGACACAAGACCGAAUAUUUAUCCUCAUCGUGCCAAGACGUGUUCCUCAGCUUCAUCAGCUUGGCUUUAUAGAGGCAUGACUGGUGCCGUUGGUUUGUCUUGCACCUGUCUCCCAGCCCAGCCCGCCCACUCGUUAUUCUGAGGAUGUGGACGUACGGUUGUGUGCCUUCCUUGAGGUUAGCAGAGAGAGGAGCACACAGCAUACGGAAGAGCUGGCAGUGCAGACUAUUUUCCAGCCAUGCAAAAGAAGGCUCGUCCUCCUCACCCCAACCAAAACCCUCUCACCGGAUUCAGAGAGAGAAACAAAAACGAAGACAAGAAAGGGAGAACGCCAUUUUGUCAAGUCAAGACGGUAGUGCUGAGGACUCGGGAAUAAAGUGGAGCCAGAAAGAAAGGAUUGUGUACACUGCUUUAACACCUCCUGGGGAAAAGAAAGACACCAACCUGCCUCUGCCAUCGUCCUAUAGCCCAGAAUAUGUGGAGUCCAGCUGGUAUCUGUGGUGGGAGAAGAAUGGAUUCUUUACCCCAGAAAAUCAUGACAGGUUACCGCAUCCUAAGAAUAAGGUCUUCUCUCUGUGUAUCCCCCCACCAAAUGUGACUGGCGCACUUCAUCUUGGCCAUGCUUUGACCGUAGCCAUAGAAGAUGCCUUGGUUCGAUGGAAGAGGAUGCAAGGCUACAAAGUACUCUGGGUACCUGGCUGUGACCAUGCAGGUAUAGCUACUCAGACUGUAGUAGAACGAAGACUGCUCAGUGAGCAAGGAAAGCACAGACAAGACCUCAGCAGGGAGGAGUUCUUAGAAGAGGUGUGGAAAUGGAAGAACGACAAGGGAGAUGAGAUCUACCACCAGCUGAGGAGGCUUGGAGCUUCUCUGGACUGGAGCAGAUGCUGCUUUACCAUGGACCCAGGUUUCAGCCGGGCUGUGACUGAGGCGUUCGUACGACUGUGCGACUCUGGUCUGAUUUACCGCUCAGAGGGACUCGUCAACUGGAGCUGCACUCUGCAGUCAGCCAUCUCUGACAUCGAGGUUGAGGCUCAGGAGCUGCCUGGGAGAACCAUGCUGUCAGUUCCUGGGUAUGACAAGAAGGUCGAGUUUGGAACAAUGGUGACCUUCGCAUAUCCGCUAGAUGGCGAGGAUGGAGAGGUGGCAGUGUCCACCACCCGGCCUGAGACCAUGCUUGGAGAUGUGGCCAUAGCGGUGCACCCAGAUGAUCCCCGAUACCAGAAUUUCCACGGCAAGCAUUGCAGACAUCCCUUCACAGACGGACUCAUCCCCAUCAUCACAGACACGGUGGUUGACGUGGACUUAGGAACAGGUGCAGUGAAGGUUACUCCUGCUCAUGACCACACGGACUUAGUGCUUUCCCAGAGACACUCGCUUCCUCGUCUGAGUGUGAUCAGAGGAGACGGGACCAUGAGCGCUGUCUGUGGCCGCUGGCUGGAGGGGACAAAGCGGUUCGAUGCCAGAGAAAGAGUUUUGAAUGCCCUCGCUGAGAAACAGUUGUUGAGAGGAAAGAGGGAUCAUGCCAUGUCUUUACCGAUCUGCAGCCGAUCGGGAGAUAUUAUUGAGCCUCUUUUAAAGAAGCAGUGGUUCAUGCGCUGUGAUGAGAUGGCUGCAAGAGCCAUACAGGCAGUGGAGAAUGGAAAGUUAGAAAUCAUCCCUCAGUUCUACACUAAAACCUGGAAGAACUGGUUAUCAAAUAUCAGCGACUGGUGCAUUUCCAGGCAGCUUUGGUGGGGUCAUCAGAUCCCUGCUUAUCGAGUUUCACUUCCCAGUUCAUCUGAACAGAAAGAGGAAUUGUGGGUGUGGGGCAGGAGUGAAGAGGAGGCCAGGGAGAGAGCCGCUGUGAAAUUUGGAGCAACACUGGAUUCCAUUACUUUGACUCAGGACCCUGAUGUGUUGGACACCUGGUUCUCUUCAGGGCUCUUUCCCUUUGCAAUGCUGGGCUGGCCACAGCAGACAAGUGACCUUCAACAGUACUACCCCAACUCCAUUUUGGAGACGGGAAGUGACCUCAUCUUCUUCUGGGUGGCAAGGAUGGUGAUGCUAGGCAUGGAGUUGACUGGCCAGUUGCCUUUUAAACAGGUGCUCUUUCACUCUCUAGUGAGGGAUGGACAUGGAAGAAAGAUGAGUAAAUCUCUGGGAAAUGUCAUUGAUCCGAUGGAUGUUGUCACAGGUGUCUCCCUUGACAGACUUGAAGAGAAGGUGAGGGAGGGAAACCUGGACCCUAGAGAGAGGAUGGUCGCUAUGGAAGCACAGAGGAGAGACUUCCCAAAUGGCAUCCCGGAGUGUGGUACAGAUGCUCUGCGCUUUGCCCUUUGCUCUUACAAGGUGCAGGGAGAGGACAUGAACCUGUCCUUGUCCCACUUGCUGAGCUGCAGGCACUUCUGCAAUAAAAUGUGGCAUACUGUAAAAUUCACCCUGGCUGUACUGGAAGACCGAGGGACAGAGGUUGAGACACUGGAAGAGACCGUCCCUGUCAGUAGCGUGGACCGGUGGGUGUGCUCGAGACUCUACAGCGCCGUUGUCGUCUGUGAGCAGGGCUUUGGGGCCUGCGAGCUGCACACCGUAACAUCCGCCCUGUACUCCUUCUGGGUGCACAACCUCUGCGACUUCUACUUGGAGUGUAUCAAGCCUGUGCUGAAGCCGCGGCACCACCAGGCGCCGGGCCAGAUCUGCUCAGAACACACAGAAGGUGAACGGCAGGUGAGCAGGAGUGUGCUGUAUCACUGUGUGUCGGUGUCUCUCGCUCUCCUCUCCCCUUUCAUGCCUUACCUCACCGAAGAGCUGUGGCAGCGACUCCACCCUUCCAGGGCUGAAGAUGCAAAGGCGAGCCUGUGUUUGCAGCAGUACCCUCGGCCCUCUCAGCUGGUUCACUGGCACUUCCCCAGAGAGGAAAUUGAUUUCACGCUGGUACAGGAAGUGGUCAGAGUGGCGAGAUCCCUCCGGGCCCGGUGUGGCCUGACCAAAGAGAAACCCGACCUGUGGGUGGUGUGUUCACCCAACCAAGCGUGUACCCUGCUUCACUUUGGAUCAGCUGUUCAGACUUUAAGCUGCGUCUCCAACGUCCACAUCCACUAUCCGCAAGGAGCCGACGGCUCCUGUCCCCUCCCUUCUGCUCCCCCUCCUCCUGAAGGGAGCCUCGUCGGUGUGGUGGACCACUCAUGUCAGCUACACCUUCAUGUUCAGAACCGCGUGAACAUCGACAAACAAAUCCUCAAGCUCUCUCAACGCAAAAAGAAGCUCCUCCCAAAAUUGGAGAAGUCAGUCUCGCGAACCAGGGCACAGAGCUUCACUGAGAAGGUUCCAGAACAUGUGAGGCAGGACAUGGAGAACAAGAUCUCAGCCUUGACAUUGGAGUUGAAGAACAUUGAGGAUCAGCUGGUGGUGCUGCAAAAACAGCAACAGCAGAAGUCGUGAAUGAAAAGUUGGAAUUUGCUUGAUGUGCUAGAGGACAUGAUACCUGAAAGUUGUAUAAAAAUAUGGACUAUUUUUAUACAACUUUCAGGUAAGUGAGACAGAUAAGAGCUUAUCCUACUGAGCUGUUUACCUGAAGCUGUCUCAGAGAACAAGAAGUGAAGAAGAACGUGCUGUGCAUCACCGCUCAGUAUUUUCUCCCAUGGCAUGUAUUGCAACACUAGACACACAUCAGCUGAGAUGCAAAGGAUUUGAGGAAAACAUCUGAUGAAGGAACUCACCGUGUUUAUAAAGGGCAACAACAAAAAGCUACACGUUUAUAAUUGCUGAAUGAAGUCAGAUACCAGUGGUGAAAUGUUCUCAGCUUGGGGCAUGUGGGGCACCAGGUAGUUUUAUAUGGCAUAAAUCUGAGCUUGACCAACAUGCAGUAUUUCCUCUGCGUAGCGUUACAAGCUGCACUAACAUUUGCAGCAUUACUGACUGACCAACACAACAACAUAUUCUGUGAGUUCAUUAUUUAAUGCGGUUUUCUUUAGAAACAAUCUAUGGUAUUGCUUGUUCAGAGAAGAGACUCUUGCAUGCAUAGACUUAAGUAAUGUGAAGCCACAGUAAGAAGAGUUACUGCUUGAAUGGCGUUCCCAGUCUUCCAAAAAAACAAAAGUAGCUGACUGACCACAAUUUUUUUUUUCUAGAACAAAAAAUGGGAGCUGUAUUUAAUAAACGGAGGACAAAAUUGA